UUGCCACCAGGAACAAUGGGGUGGCCACUUUUUGGUGAAACUCUUGAAUUUCUCAAACAAGGACCAUUUUACAUGGACAACCAGAGAGCAAAGUAUGGGAGUCUUUUCAAGACCCACAUAUUAGGUUGUCCGACCGUUAUCUCCAUGGAUCCACAGCUGAACAGAUACAUCCUUUUGAAUGAAGGAAAAGGACUUGUUCCUGGGUACCCCAAGUCCAUGGUAGAUCUUAUAGGGAAAACAAACAUGGCUGCUGUGCAUGGCUCUGAUCACAAGCUCGUUAGGGGGUCACUCAUAUCUCUUGUUGGUCCUGCAGCAAUUAAAGAUCAGCUUUUUCCAUAUAUUGACAAGUUCAUAAGCUGUUUUAUCGACAACUGGGAUGGCAAAACUCUUGACAUUCAGCAAAAAACCAUGGAGAUGGCAUUUUACAUGACCUUCAGGCAGCUUGUGGAAGCUGAAGCAGAUACACUCUAUGAACCUUUCAAAGCCGCGUUUGAUAAGGUAGUAACCGGAACGCUUUCAUUGCCUAUCAACAUUCCAGGCACAAAUUACCACAUGGGAUUACAGGGAAGGAAAAGAAUAAUAGGAAUGUUGAAGCAAGUUAUGGCAGAGAGGAGAGCAUCUCGGAUACCUCAAAACGACAUGCUUGGUGAGCUUAUAGGAAACGAAAACACAAAAUAUGAACUAAACGACGAGCAGAUAUUUGAUCAAGUAUUUGUGCUUUUGAAUUCUGGUUAUGAAACUGUCUCCGUUACAACGAUGAUGGCCAUCAAGUAUCUCCAUGAUCAUCCCAAAGCCCUUGAAGAAUGUAGAGAAGAACAUUUAGCAAUACGUGAAAGAAAAGGACCCGGGGAGCCAAUUGACUGGAACGACUACAAGUCUAUGCGUUUUACCCGUGCUGUGAUCCUCGAAACCUCGAGGUUGGCUACCGUUGUGAAUGGUGUACUGAGGAGGGCAACAAAAGAUGUAGAAUUGAAUGGAUUCGUGAUUCCAAAAGGAUGGAAAAUGUAUGUCUACACAAGGGAGCUCAACUAUGAUCCAAUCAUCUACCCAGAGCCUUUUACCUUUGAUCCUUGGAGAUGGCUGCAGGGUAAGGCCUUGGAGACUCACAGCCACUUCUUCUUAUUUGGAGGAGGAACCAGGCUUUGUCCUGGAAAGGAGUUGGGAAUUGUUCAAAUUUCUACUUUCCUUCACUAUUUUGUUACUAGAUACAGAUGGGAGCAAGUGGGAGAAUGCGAGAUCUUAAGGUUCCCAAGAGUUGAAGUGCCAAAUGGGAUGCACUUAAGGAUAUCAAAGUACUAA